GUAACUCGUCCUGUCUGGUGCAUGAGCAGUGUUUUGCUUUACCUUCUGUGCACCAAGUGACAGGUUUACAGGAGGAGGGAGGAGAACUUUUCCCCUUUAGAUCCACCGUCUCCUCUUCGUUAUGGAGGCUCGGGCACAUUUCUACCGUGAGGAGAUCAACAGCACGGUGUGGGAGGUCCCGGAGAAAUACACCCGGCUGAAGCAGAUCGGCACCGGGGCGUACGGCUCCGUGUGCUCAGCAAUAAAUGAGAAGACUAAAGAAAAAGUGGCAAUCAAGAAGCUCCACAGGCCCUUCCAGUCAGAGAUCUUCGCUAAGAGGGCCUACAGAGAGCUCCGGCUGCUCAAACACAUGAAGCAUGAAAAUGUGAUAGGACUUCUUGAUGUGUUUUCACCUGCCUCAAGCCUCGAUGACAUCCACGACUUCUACCUGGUGAUGCCUUACAUGUUUACUGACCUGUCCAAGGUGCGAGGUCAUCUCACAGAAGACAAAGUCCAGUUUCUUGUCUACCAGAUGCUCUGUGGACUCAGGUACAUACACAAGGCUGGAAUCAUCCACAGGGAUCUUAAGCCUGGAAACUUGGCUGUAAACCAAGACUGUGAACUGAAGAUCCUGGACUUCGGGCUGGCUCGCAGUACUGAUGCUGAGAUGACAGGCUACGUGGUGACCCGUUGGUACCGGGCACCUGAGGUCAUUCUGAACUGGAUGCACUACACCCAGACUGUGGACAUCUGGUCUGUGGGCUGUAUCAUGGCAGAAAUGAUCAAUGGAAAAACCCUUUUCAAAGGGAGAGAUUACAUGGACCAGCUGACGCAGAUCAUGAAAGUGACUGGAGUACCUGGAGCAGAGUUCAUACAGAAGCUGGACAGUCCAGAGGCCAAAAGUUAUAUUAAGGCCCUUCCUCGCUAUCCAAGAAAAGACUUCUCAACGUUGUUCCCCAGAGCCAGUGCAAAGGGUAUCGACCUGCUGGAGAAGAUGCUGGUUCUGGACGGAGACGUGAGACCCACAGCUGAACUUGCUCUGGAGCACCCAUAUUUCGACAGCCUAAGGGACCCAGACGACUUACCUGAACCUACACCGUACGAUGACAGCCAUGACAACGCCACAUUGUCCCUGGAUGAGUGGAAGCGGUUAUGCUUUAGAGAGGUGAGAAGCUUUGUGCCUUUCCCACGGCGGGACUCUAAGAGGAAAAACACCCUGACUAUGUCUCCUUGACCCGAUGAAUAACUUGCAACUACUGAUGCCCCGACCUACACAGCAUAUUGCCAAUGGUGCCCUUGUAUAUUCCAACCAUGGAUUCACUGUUUCUUUUAUGCUGGAUAGUGAAGAUUGAUCUAUCAAAACUGACACACCUUUUUUUUUGUGCAAUUGUUCCCUAAGUGUGGAUUGCUCUUCAUGUUACACAUUCCCUAUAAAUAUAUUGUCUUGCAAAUGCAUUGUGACUAAAUGUCACAGAGUUUACUAUAACAUUUACUGUAUUGUUGUUUUUCCAAUUAAACAGUAAGACAAGAUGUGUACAAAGUUUUAUUUUUGCAGCAAAUAGUAAAUGUUGCUGCCCAGCUCAUAGUCAAAUAGAAUCUAUUGUCAUUAAAACCGACGCAGUCUUGAGGUGAAAAUUUUAUCUUUAUAUGUUAUAGAAGUAAACUUAUUACCAAGGGAAAAAGUCUAGGAUUUGCCAAUAAAUGCCCUGAAAACCCCUGACCAACAAAGACCCCAACAGAUUAGCAUUUACUGUGUGAUUGCCCAAUAUGUAUCCUGUGUCAGCUGAAAUACGUGACCUUCACACUGAAAGCAACUAUUUAAUUUAUUAAUAUCUCUGUUUGUAUCACUUUGUGGUUCCAUAGUUCACACCUUUAAUGUCUGGUAUGCCGUAUAUAUCAUAACUUCACUUUCGGCCCAACUCUUGUGGCUCUUUCUAGAACGUAACAGCCUUUGAAUAUGUGCUUGACUGUGCUGGAACAUUAGGUUUAAUUCAUUGUGCCGUCUAUUUGCACCUGCUACCCAUCAUAACACUAAUUUUAAACAGGUGUAACCCUAAAAUAGUAUUCUGGUCUGUCACU